AUGUUGGCCUCCGAAGCGGACAUCCAACAGAGCCUUCAUGGAGCCUUACAAGCCAACAAGGAUCAUCAGUAUGCUCUCAGGAUCUACAGCGAGAGGAUCGAUGCUGAACUUGAGUCUCUCAACAAGCUACUCGCUGCCGCGGAUGUAUCUGACACAGAGGAAGACACUUUAGAGGUCAACUCCGGUGGUUGGGUGGUCAUUCCGAACGCUGUGGAUGCGCUUGCACCUCUCCCUUCUUCCGAGCUCUUGAGUGAAGCGUCCCCAUUCAGAAGUGCUGCUUUGCGACGGCAACAACACGCGAACGCGACGGUCAUACAUCAAUGGAAGUUACAGGAGCUUGAAGCAUUAUCAGACGCUGUGAAGUCGGAGAACCAUCGUCUAUACGCGGUAGAGGCUCAGCUGAGGGGACAGCAAGGGCUGGCACGGCCAACUGAGGAGGCAGCGAAAUUCAUGGAAGAGAACAUAGCCGGAAUAGAUUGGGAGCGCGUCUCAGUAUCCAAAUCAAACUUGAGUGGCGACCAUCGGACCGCCAAAGAAUGUGAGAUCAAGUGGCUAGGAGAGCGCCAUCCACGAUUUGACCACUCCCAAUGGACACAGUCUGAGAUCGACCGCGUGAAGCAACUCGUCGCCAACUGCGUACCCGGGCAGAUCAACUGGGUAGACGUCGCCGAAAGAUUGGGGACUCGCCGUACACUGGUUGACUGUAUGCGUCAUGCGAUCUUCAGGAAGCUUCAUGCAUGGGAUUCUGUCAGCGAUCAACGACUGCGCGAUGCCGUGGAGGCGUACGGCACAGAUAACUGGAUCCUAGAGAUUGACCACUCUGCAGUCGCGAGACUCAUCUCAGAGGAUGCAACCCCACAACAAUGCCAAAGCCGCUGGACGAGGCACAUAGACCCCAACAUCAAGCACAGUCCCUUCACAGAGGAAGAAGACAAGCUCCUGCGCGAUGCGACAGCCGUGUUUGGCAACGCAUGGCAGGACAUCGCUCAAUUCAUUCCGGGAAGGACGAACGAGCAGUGUCGGGAGCGCGCGCAAGAGCUCCAUAACACUGCCAAUCCGAAGCGGAAGUGGACGGACAUUGAGGAUCGCACUCUCCUGGACACCGUCGAUCCGGACAAGCCGGUAGAUUGGAAGGAGGUCAGUAAAGUCCUGGGGACCGGGCGCACGGACAGUCAGUGCCGGAAUCGUUACAAUGUCCUCAUGCGGCGA